CUACCUGUCCUCCUACCCUCCUCCGCCAUUCCUCGAGCUUCGACGAAUGACUGGACACCGACGCGGCAUACUGCUCCGCCGCAUCCUCCUCCUCCAGAUGAGCAGCGCACUGAAAUUGCUUUAGCCGCGGCGCGUCAGCUGAUAGAUGGCAAGGCUCUCAAGAAGACACGUCCGCGACGGACGGUAGACUACGGAGGGGCAAUGGGCCGUUGGAUCCUUAAUAGGAGAUGUCGUCCGAACCCUCGAUAUGUACCGUACAUAAGACCAGCCCCGCCAUGCAUCAUUGACCUUCUCCCACCAGCCGGUUAUCCUACGAAUCCUUCUACAUCCUUAACGACGAAAUUUAUCCAUACUUCAACAAAUAAAAUCCGAUGUCCUGUGAACUGUGUUGCGUGGACUCCAGAAGGACGACGCGUGCUCACUGGCAGCACGUCUGGAGAAUUUACUCUAUGGAACGGGUUGACAUUCAACUUUGAGACGAUUCUUCAAGCUCAUGAUAGUGCUGUGCGGGCACUAUCGUUCUCGCGGUCAGGAGCGUAUCUCGCCAGUGCAGAUCAAACUGGUAUCAUCAAGUAUUUUCAGCCGAAUAUGAACAACUUGACUGCAUGGCAGGGUCACCGAGAGGCGGUUCGAGAUAUCAGCUUCUCACCUGAUGAUGCGCGUUUUGCUACGGCUAGCGACGAUUCGACCGUACGGAUAUGGAAUUUUGAAGAAAGCAAGGAGGAGAGGGUGUUGUCUGGACACGGUUGGGACGUGCGAUGCGUUCAGUGGCACCCUUCGAAAGGUUUGCUAGCUUCUGGAAGCAAAGACAAUCUAGUGAAGUUUUGGGACCCUCGAACCGGAACUUGCCUGUCGACAUUGCAUCAUCAUAAAAACACAAUCCAAGCACUCUCAUGGUCACCGGAUGGUGGAAUUCUUGCUACAGGUUCACGAGACCAGACAAUCCGACUCUUUGAUAUUCGCGCGAUGAAGGAGUUCCGCGUCCUCAGGGGACAUAAGAAGGAAGUCUGCUCUCUUACAUGGCAUCCAAUCCAUCCAAUUCUCGUUUCCGGAGGCUCAGAAGGCUCGAUUCUUUAUUGGGACGUCGACAGCCCAGCUUCAAUCCUAGCCAACUCUUCCUCCCAAUCCUCCACUGCCGUCUCUCAAGCUACCGAAGGACCCCGUGCGACACUCGCACAAGCACACGACAGCAACGUCUGGUCACUCGCCUUCCAUCCUUUAGGUCACAUACUCGUCAGUGCAUCUAACGACCACACGACACGAUUCUGGGCACGAGAGCGGCCUGGAGACGCUGGUUCGACGUUUUCGGGUGGUGGGAUUCGACCACCUGAGGGAGGUGCGGAAGAGGAUGAUGAUGCGGAGGAUGAUGGGGAUGGGAUGGCUGUGCCUGGGUUGUCAUGGUGGGGGAAGGAAGAGGACGCGAAUGCUAUGCCGAUGUUACCUGGGUUCUCUGGUGCCUCUGCAGCAGCAGCAGCUGCUGCUGCUGGUGCAUCUGCGUCUGCAGUUGGAAACACGUCUACGACCAACGAAGAUGGAAUACCGGGUAUACCAGGUUUUGGACGCACCUCUACGGCUCCUCCAACUCAGCAAGUCGAUGGCCGUGUUGGACAGCGUCAAGAUGAUUCUGGGUAUAUGGAUCAUAAUGGUGGAGGUGGGGUUAAUGGAGAAUGGGGAGGCAACCAAGGUGGAUCAUCGUCUUAUGGUGGUGGGUAUCGGGAUCGUGGUGGGUAUGGCGGUAGAGGUAGUUUUGGUGGUGGACGUGGCAGUCGGUGGGGUCCGAGGAGAGGCGGACGACAUUAAAUUACUUGAUUCCACUGAUUUUAUGUUAUCACUACUACUCUGUUCUUUUGCAAUAUAUCUUCUUGUAGUAUCUCAACUCUGAAUGGACAAAGCAACUAUUUU